CGCUGCUGGGACGGUUCGCGCAUGCGCAAACGGGUGGACUGUGCGGCCUGUUCGCGUCGGUGGCGACCGGCCUCCCCGUGAUGGCGGCAGCGGCGGCCCGCCAGUGACUGAGUGAUCGGCGAGCUCAAAGGUGGUGAGAGCGGGCCCGGAUCUGGGUGACUCCGGCAGGUUGAGAAGUCCCGAGUGGACGUCUCCGGUAACGGACGGGGAGCGCCGAGCCCGCCAAAACGCGCCCGGCCGGCGCUGCCCCUGUUGAGGAGCGUUGGCCGUUGCCCGGACAACCGGGAGGGGAGCGGAGCGGCGAGGGGUGGACCGGCCUUGUCGGGGGGCAACGUGGGCAUCUGCCCCUUUACAUUAGAGGUGGGGAGCGCGGCCGUAGGCGCACAAGUUUAUUUCAGGUGACUUCAGGAGUGAGGCUUCUAUGCACUUGACAAGUGUUCUUCAGAAGAGAGUUUCUUGUAUCCUGGUUUCCUGGAUCCUUUUAUAGAACUGACAUCCGUACGUUUGUGUCCUGCAAUGGAAGAUCUUCCCAAACCGCCAUCUCCACUAGAUGUAGGAGUAGAUCUAUGUAGAACUGAUACAGAACUGCAAAAAAUGUUAAUUGAUGAGAGAAUGAGAUGUGAACAUCACAAAAACAACUAUCAGACACUGAAGGCUGAACACACAAGGUUGCAGAAUGAAUAUGGAAAAGCCCAGAAUGAGCUGAAGCGAAUGCAGACGGACAAACAAAGUACUCAUGAGAAAUUCCAACUUCUUCUUGCUGAACUUCGUGGGGAAUUAUUAGACAAAACAAGGGAACAAGAGGAACUGAAAAUGCAGAUAGUAACACCUCAAAAGCUGGAGAUAUUAAAAGCACAAAUACAACAAGACCUAGAGGCACCUAUGAGAGAACGCUUCAGGAAACAAGAAGAGGAGGUUGAAAGAUACAGAGCAGAAUAUAAUAAAAUGCGAUAUGAAUACACUUUCCUAAAAUCAGAGAUUGAGCAUCAAAAGGAAGAGAAUGAACGUAUCCUGAAUGAGAAAGUGAUUAAAUUUGAAGCUGAGGUUGCUAGACUAGAAGCUGACAAACAAGCUCUGCACGACCAGAUGAUGAAUAUUGAUCCCACCAGAGAUAGUAAGCGCGUCGAAGCCCUCUUGAGGGAAAAGGCCCAACUCUGUCAGAAGGUCAAGUGCUUUGAGGCAGAGGUUGCAGAGCUUCGGGCUCAGAGAGAAAAUUCCGGUGCUCAAGCUGAGAGUGUGCAGAGAAUUCAAGUGAGACAAUUGGCUGAAUUCCAAAGUGCUAUUAAGUCUUUGGAGGCAGAGAAGCAAUCACUUAAACUGCACCUGGAGCGUCUGGAGAAGGAACUGCAGCUGGUUUUUGAGCAGAACACCCAAUUGACCAGCAAGUUGCAUAAAGCUGAGCGGGAGGUUAAUGCUUUGUCUGUCAAACUAGAAGAAUGUAAACAUUCCCAUAAGCUGGAAGUUACAAACGUCAAACUAGAAGCAGCAAGAACCAAAGGGGAAAUUGAGAGGGAAAGAGAUAACAUACAAAGCCAAAUGGAUGGUUUGCAGUCAGAUAAUGAAAUUCUGAAGGCCAACAUUGAAAGACACAAAGAGCUUAUGGCAGAAAAAGAAAGAGAGCUAAUCCGGAAAGUUCAGGCAGCUAAAGAAGAAGAUUUCCAGAAACUUGCAGUACUGCAAGAUGAAAAAUUGGAACUAGAAAAUAAAGUUGCUGACCUGGAGCGACUGAAGGCUGAACAAGAUACAACAUGGCAGGCUGAAAAGGAACAUCUGGGACAGAAAAUGCAUGCUGUACAGUUAGAAGAAGAGGCAUCCAAAAGGGAGAUCCUGAACCUCAGGUCAAAACUUCAACAGCACAUGCAUCGGAUAGAUGAACUUGAGAAAGAAAGGAAUGACAGUGAAGAACUAAGACAGCAAAUCAAUGAACUACAGAUCCAGUUUAACACUGUGUCACAGUCGGAAAAUGAUUUACUAGAGAACAAUAAAAAGCUACGAGAAAUGCUUGAUCGCUUAAAGGAAGAAGUGCGAAAUGGAAGAAGCCAAGCAGAGCGGGCACAGCAGGAAGCUGAAAAACAGGUGGAUGACAGGCGCAUAGAGUGGUUGGAAGAGAAGCAUAAGCUGCAGAGUCGUAAUGCAGAACUGGAGGAGAAGUACUGCCAGGCCAAAGACCGACUGCAGCGUGCAGCUUUAGCUCAGAAGAAGAGGAAAACAUUGAAUGAAAGUAAGCAGAAACGAUUACAAGAAAAGGUACAGUUGCUUGAGGCAAAAAAAGAAGAGCUGGAAAUUGAGAAGCGCACAUAUAAACAAAAUGUUCCCUAUGAAAAUCAUGCCAGACUUCAGAAAAGAUUGAAGGAUUUACAGCGUCGACACAAUGAAUUCCGAAGACUCAUUUUGGGAGCAAACUUUUCAUCUACUGGUCUGGGUAAUUCAAUCAAUUUUCUCCCACCUACCUUGACGCAAGGCAAUGAAGCAACAUUUGGAAACACUCAGAUUCUUCAAACUAAUUAUGCUUCAUGCCACUUUCUCAUCGUGGUUCUUUGUUGGAGUUGUCAACCACAAGGAAGAGCAGCAUCAAAAUGAGCUGUGUUUGAUUCGCAAGCGGCUGGAAGAACUAGAGACCAAUCAGAAGCAGCAGUUACAUGAGCUUGGUGCUCUUGAUUGACCAGAUGUUUACAGAUUUUGAGAUAACGUUUUGAGUCAUAAAUGACAAAUAAUCGUCAUUUAUUUGGUGCUGUUUAUUGCACAACUUUGAUUUUAAAUAUUGCACAUGUUGAGAAAUCUAAGUGAAACUGGUUUACAUGACGCAACACACUAUCUCUCAAGUCUUUACACAUAACUUAUGGUGCCUUGAGAAGAGUUGUGAUUUGAUAGUGUGGACAGGGUAAUAUGUUUUUCAAUACAUUAUAAAGUGAUACCUCACAAAUAAAAUGGACACUUUUCUCCCAUAUCCCUGUUCCAUGCACAAUACUUACAGAUAUGGUUUCUUGAGGAAGCCAUUCGCUGUCUUUAGAUGCUUUGGAAUUUUUGUAUUUAUUGUGUGAAAGCUCAGAAAACAUACCUGAGAACUGGACUAUUAUGGGUAUUCCCCUAUAGUCUAGGAGUUUUUGUUCCUUAGUCUGCAUUCGUCACCCAGUUCAGAGGCUGGUAACAGAGCUGCCUUCCAAAUUCAAGCACCUAUAUCCAGAUACUAGAGUGCAAGAACGAUCUGAAUUGAUCAAUUGUUUAACUGUUUUUGGAAGUUUCCAGAAGGAAAUUUGUCCUUGCAAGAAUAAAAAGAAAAAAAAGAAUGGGAACCAGUUUCAAAACUGGAGCUACUUUUCCUUGGUACAAAGUAUCACCACUCAAUGCCAGUCACUAAGUUUUUGGCAGUACUUCACACAAAAGGUAUAGAGUUAAAAUAUAGAACGACCACUGUUUGACUGAAGAGUGAAAUGGAUGGGGAAGGCCGAAUAGCCUUAUGAACAUGUUCAUAAUGUUCCUUUGCUAUGAUUUAUGCCUACCUUGAUCAAGGCAGAAGGAAUGCUUCACACAAAAUAUCAAUCUGCUUCCUCUUUACAUUUAAGUUGUGGUCAGUCUGUAUUUCCUGAAUUUGGUUUCCCUUAAGAAAUGUAUUCUGUGCAGUUUCUCCAGUAGGAGUUUUAAAACACAACCUUUUAAGUUAUAAUAAAGGGAUAAUGAGGUUUUCAAGUCUAAAUUGAGGGGAGUUGCAAUAGGUGGAGGGAGUUAAGAGGGGACAAAAACAAGGUUUAACUAGAAUAAAGGAGUUUAAUCACCAAGGCUUAUGUAAGCUUGCAGGAAAAUGAAACCACAUUUCAGAUUCUGGAACUCACACCCUUUCACAAUGAAAUGUCAACAGCAACAACAUAACAGCAGUAAAGUGUGCCAACGGUAGUAAGUUUGCACUGGAACAGGAAGUUCAAGCUUACAACAUAAGCUCAAAAUCCCAGAAGCAUGCAAGAAAACAUCUCUGUUUAAUUAUUUUAUGUUCUCCAUUUUAUAAAUUUAAAAAUUAUACAGUUUAUUCAGAAGGAUGUAAAAGGUUUAUUCUGAAAUGUAUUAUAGAUUUAAAUGCAGGAACGUUCUUGUGCUUUAAUUUUUUCAUAUCUACAGAAUUGUGUUCCUUGCUACUAACGGCAUUGAUUUGAAGCGCUCACAGCAGAUCUAUGAUGUGUCCAGUUUGUAUUGGUCCUUACUAUAGAAAGCCCUCGCUGAGAACAGUCAGUCAAAGAACAUUUGCGUUGUCACACUUUUUUAUUUUACAUUUAUAUUUAAUUGUUACAAAUCUGUCAAAGCAUACCUAAUUUAUAAUAAACUCCAUUAAGAUAUUUAACAUUUUUCACAUGGUUUUACUUUGAUCUUUUAAAUGAUUACUUAUGGGUUGAUUGCUUUUAUACAAUUAAUUGUUAAUUGACGUGACUACAAGUACAAUGGCUUUUCAAAGUUUUUAUUGAUCACAUGUCAAAUAAACAUUUUUGCUUGAUCAUACUGUGUACAUUUGUGAAUGUAUGAAGGCUGCCUUUAAAGAAAUCACCUUUAAAGUCUUAGCUGUUAUGUCAUCAAUCAGGGAUAAUAUUCUAUUAACAGGCCAGGUGGCAGCAUGACUGCCAAAUCAGUUUGAAUAAUUUUUAGUUUUCGUUGCUAAGUCCUUGCCUUGCAAGGCAACACAUCUCCAUGCUUCAUCCCAACUGGGUGUCUUCAAUCAGCAUGCACAACUUCUGCUUAUAAACUACUAUGUGUGGUCUCAGGUGGGCCAAACAGAUUGACUAAGAUACAGGGCAGGACAUUUGCCUAAUCAACAGCACUAAAAUAGAUGGAUCAUUAAAACUGCUAAUUGGCUACAUUUGAGAUAUUAACUGCUGCUUUCUUUUAUGUUACAAGAUUUUGAACAUUCACUGACUGUGGGUCAUAGUGACUGGGGAUGCAGAUCUAAUUGUGGGUUCAUACACUGUAUAAUGGUUACAGCAACAAUGCAUGGAAAUUAUCUAAAAUAGUUAAUAUCUGACUCAAACAAAAUAACUCCUUUUAGGACAGUGUACAUAGAAGAGUGAAAAUGACAGUGGCACAGCUCAUAGAGCUGCUGCCACACAGCGCCAGCGACCCAGGUUUAAUCGUGACCUCAGGCGUCGUCUGUGUGGAGUUUGUACACACUUCCUGUGACCAAGUGGGUUUCCUCUGGUUUCUUCCCACAUUGCAAAGACGUGCGGGUUUGUAAGUUAAUUGGCCACUGUAAGUUGUUUCCCCUAAUGUGUAGGUGAUUGGCAGAAUCCGGGAGAAGUUGAUGGGAAGUGGGAGAAUAAAAUGGGAUAGUGCAGGAUGAGUGUAAAUGGGUGCUAGAUGGUCAGUGUGGACUUGGUGGCUCA